AUGUCAAGUUUAUCACUUCCUUCUUACUAUACAUCAGAUAACAUUGCCAUCAACUGUGGUUUCUCUGGCAACUAUACUGCCCUUGAUGGCCGACACUGGAUUGGAGAUAGUAGAUCAAUGUACUUCAUUUCUCGAGGAGCAAAUAAAAAAUCCAUAAGCUUGGCACCAGUCAAACAAUCAUAUUCUUCUCAUUCUCAUCACAAUGAUGUCCCCUACACAUAUGCCAGGUUUUCUCAAUCACCCUUUACUUAUAUCUUCCCAGUUAGUCCAGGCCCGAAGUUUGUUCGCCUUCAUUUCUACCCUGCUUCGUAUCGUGCUAAUUUCCAGAGAAACAAUGGUUUCUUUACUGUUAAAGCUGGUCCCUUCACUCUACUCCACAACUUCAGUGCCUCAUUGACUGCAGAUUCUUUGGGCAUAACAACUGUCUCUAAAGAGUUCUGUAUCAAUGUUAAAGCAAAUAAACCAUUGAGAAUAACAUUCUCUCCUUCAAGAACUAGCCAUACUGAUAAAGUGUAUGCUUUUAUUAAUGGUAUCGAGGUUGUUUCCAUGCCGAAUGGACUAUACUAUUACAAAGGGGAAAAUAAUGGCUUCACUACCCUUUCGAGGCGGACUGCACUUGAGACACUAUAUCGGCUAAAUAUUGGUGGAAGCUCUAUUUCAUUUGCAAACGAUACAGGUAUGUUUCGUGAGUGGUCUGAUGACUCUAGAUUUUUCCUUCACUCGAGAGUUCUACCUCUUAAAACCACGAUUCCAAUAAAAUACAAAAGAAUACCUAACUUUGUUGCUCCUCAAAACGUCUACCAAACGUCAUGGUCUUUGGAUCUAAACAAGAAUGCAAAUGAAAACCCUAAUUUUGCGUGGAGGUUGCCUGUUGAUCAGGGAUUUCGAUACCUGAUUAGGUUCCAUUUCUGCGAGCUUGAUUACGAGAUAAAAGAGAUUGGUCAAAGGGCGUUCCGCAUCUAUAUUAAUAACCAUAUGGUUGAGCCUGAUGGAGAUGUAAUCAAAUGGAGUGGAGAAAUUGGCGCUGCAACAUACAAGGACUACAAUUAUGUGAUAGAAGGAGAGCGAAUGGCUGGCAAAACUAACAUCCUCUUAUCUAUAUGUUCUUUUUCCAGUCACUAUGACGAUUCGACUUUCGAAACUAUAGAUGUUAUUUUGAAAGGCCUAGAAAUCUUCAAGCUAAGCAACCCUGAUAAUAACCUCGCAGCACCUAAUCCACUUGUUUCUUCGUCACUUGCUAUCAAAGGAUGCAAGUCCUUGUACAUGUCAGCUGGUGGUAACAAAAUUGCAACGAUUAUUGUCAUAAUACUAACAAUGUUGAAUGUUGUUUUUCACAAGUUAUGCGCACUGUUUCAUACAAAAGACUUUCUCGAGAGAACAAAUAUUCUGUCUAAAUAUAAGGAAAAGUCCGUUAAAGUCCAUGAGACUUUCAUGGGCCCAUUUUCGUUUAGUAAAGUCUGGUAUGCGACAAAUAAUUUUGAUGUAAUGAUUGGGAAAGGAGCGUUUGGAAAUGUUUAUAAAGGGUGUAUUAAGGGAAUUGAUGUUGCCAUGAAACGAUUAGAUCCUCUUUCUGAGCAAGGUACUAAUCAGUUUUUGAAUGAGAUUGAGAUACUUGGUAAUCUUCAAAACACCAAUAUUAUUAAGCUAAUUGGAUAUUGCAAUGAUAUAUGGGAAAGGAUCCUCGUGUACGAGUACAUGGCACGUGGAACACUUGCGGAUCAUCUCUACAAUUUCAAAAACGACAGUGCACUGACACUGUCUUGGGAGGAAAGGCUCAAGAUAUGCAUUGGUGUUGCUAAAGGUCUAGAGUUUCUUCAUAAUCACAAGGACGGUUACAUCAUCCAUCGUGACAUUAAGAGCACUAAUAUCUUAAUAGAUGAGAAUUGGGUAGCAAAGGUUGCAGAUUUUGGUUUGUCCAAAAUGGUUGGGGCUGGCCAAUCUCAAACCCAUAUUAGCACAGAAGUCAGAGGAAGUCCUGGUUAUUUAAACAACCAAUAUUGGUUUACGAAACAACUAACCAAGAAUUCUGACGUGUUUGCCUUUGGUGUAGUCUUAUGGGAAGUCCUGUGUGGGAGAGCUGCUAUAGACACAAAAUUUAAGGGAUCGAAGGAAGAAGUUUUGGCUAAAUGGGCUCCACAAUGUUUCAAUGAAGGGAAUGAAAAGAUCAAUGAAAUCAUCGAUCGAAGAUUGAUGGGACAAAUUUCACCAGCAUGUUUGAAGAUAUUCACAGAAGUUGCCAACAGUUGCUUAUUUGAUAAUGAGCAAAGUCCUUCAAUGACAGAUGUGGUGACACAACUUGAACUUGCAUAUAAACAACAGGUGGAUGAAGGCACGAAUCCAACUAGUGUUGUUGACUCAUAG